AUGUCUGUUCAUUUCUGCUUUUCCUCAGAGCAAAUCCGGCACAACAAUAAGAAGAUCCGGAUCGUGUUGGUGGGGAAGACUGGAGUUGGAAAGAGCGCCACAGCAAACACCAUUUUGGGACAACGGGAAUUUACAUCAAGGUGUUGCCCUAAAUCUGUGACUGGAUGCUGUGCAAAGGCCGAUGGUGAGGUGGAUGGACAGAAGGUCUCCAUCGUCGACACUCCUGGUCUGUUCGACACCAGGGUUGAUGAAGACAAAAUCUGUGAAGAUAUAACUCAGUGCAUUUUGUAUGCUUCUCCUGGACCACAUAUCUUCCUGAUCGUCAUCAAACUGGACAGAUUCACAGAGGAAGAAAAACAGACGGUGCAGAAGAUUCAACAAAUCUUUGGAGAGGAAGCAGACAAAUACAGCAUGGUCCUCUUCACCCAUGGUGACCAGCUCAGAGAGACAACUAUCCAAGAAUACUUGAGUGAAAGCGAAGAGCUGCAGGAGCUGGUGGCCAAAUGUAACGGCCAGUAUCACGUCUUUGAUAACAACCUGGAGGACCGAUCUCAGGUCUCAGAGCUGCUCCUCAAGAUCAGAGAUAUAAACAAGAAGAAUGGAGGAGACCAUUACACCAGUGAAAUGUUCCAGAAAGCAGAGAGGGCGAUCGAAGAGGAGAAACGACGAAUCCUGAAAGAGAAAGGGGAGCAGAUGCAAAAAGAGCAGGAGGAGCUGAAGGAGAUGAUUAAAGAAAAACACAUGCAGCUGGUGAAAGCAGAGGCAGACACAGAGAGGAAAACUCAGCUGAUGGCAGCCUUUGACAAUGAACUGGAAAAGGAAAUGGAGAAGCUGAUGGAGCAACAGGAAGCAAAGGCCAGAAAGGAGGCAGAGGGCAGCACCCAGCUGCUCUUCCAGGUAGCUAAGAUUGUUGGGACGUUGCUCGUUGUGGCUCUGGGAGCGCUACUCGUAUGA